UUUACAUGCUGCUGUCCUUGAAAUGAGGUUAAUUGUUGGUUCACUCCAAGAUUGACUUUACUUAUGUUUUCAUGUUUAACAAUACAUCUUUCUUAGUUUGUACAAAUAUUUAGUAACAAAAUGCGACCUGUGCAGAGUUAUAGCGCAAUAAUGGAAUUCUUGUGGUUCUUCUUUGGGAAAACGUUUCUGCCAGUCCUAGUGCCAAUUUUGGUCUAUCAGUUGUACAAGGGAAGGAAGAUCCCCAGGAAAAAACUCUGUGGGAAGGUUGUUUUGAUAACUGGGGCCAGCUCAGGGCUUGGAGAGGCGAUAGCACAGUUGUUUUAUCUUGCAGGCUGCAAAGUUAUUCUAGCAUCUAGGAGAGUCAAAGAGCUAGAAAAAGUCAAGUCCAAGUUGAUGUCACUCAAACCGGAUGCGGUGUACAUUCCCAAAAUCCUCCAACUUGACCUGCUCGACGUCGAUUCACUUUCGAUGAAAGCUUCUGAGGCAGAGUCUAUGUUUGGACAAGUCGAUAUUUUGGUGAACAACGGUGGGGUAUCAUUUCGAGGUGAUAUUCUAAACACUUCUAUGGAUGUGCACAUAAACGUAAUGACUGUCAAUUAUUUUGGACCACUCGCUUUGACAAAAGCUUUACUUCCUGGGAUGAUAAAGAGAGGAGAAGGACACAUCAUUGGUAUAAGCAGUGUUCAGGGUCAAAUAGCAAUUCCUCACAGAUCUGCAUAUGCUUCUUCCAAGCAUGCGUUUCAAGCGUUCUUAGACUGCCUGAGAUCAGAAGUCGCCCAUAAAAACAUACUCGUGACAGUCGUGAGCCCAGGUUAUAUAAACACAAGCCUUUCUAAAAACGCUCUCACAGAAUCUGGUUCAACAUAUGGAGUCACCGAUCCUACAACAGCGAGUGGCUAUGAACCUAAGUACGUUGCAGAAAAAGUCCUGUUGGCAGUCUCUCAAGAAAAUCCUGAAAUUAUAGUUUCAACAUUGGGACCGAAAAUUGCGAUCAUCCUCCGAGUCCUCUGCCCUAAGUUGUAUUUUCAUAUAAUGAAGAAUCGAGCAAAGAAAUAUCAGUUCACAUAUUAAUACUUAUGUGACUGAAACAUUGCUUCCUAUGAAGGAUGAUUGUAUUAGAUUAAAUUAUAAUUUAUUUUUUAA